GAGGGCAUAGGGCGCGCUGGUUGGUUGGUGCGCGCGCGCGCGCGCGCACGGAGAACCGAAGGGAAGGAAGCGAUGUCUGCGGGAGAGAGAGCCCUUUCUGCGCUCCUGGCUGGAAGAUCCAAGAAACAGAAAUGUGAACGUAAAAAUGAACAGAAGCUGAAGGAGGCAGCUCUUCAUAUUUUGAGUUGCCAUCACAAUUUGGGUGACCUGUUGCUUGAGGUGGGAAGUUCAGAGUGGAACAAGCAGCUACUUUCCUUUAGUCCAGCCAAUGAAGCUUCCGUUCCAGAACAAUUUGUGGUCUCAGCCUUGCAGGAUCAGGCCUUCAUGUUGGGUGUGCCAGUGGAAAUCCUGUCAGCCAGAAUAGCUGCUGGAAACAUUGAGAAGAUCUCUGCUGAGUCUGGUCAAGCUGUGAUGCUGAAUGCAGAGCAGAGAAAAAAGUUGUCAUGCUUGCUUCAGUCUCUGAAGGAUUUGUUAACGCACAAUGCUUUCUGCCGUUUGUGGUUCGCUCAAGAAACCUGGAAGUUGCAAAGCCCACUCAUUCUGGAAGUUGCAUGGCGGUUACACAGAGAGAACAUUGUCAGCCUGGAAGAGCUGCUGGAGAAUAAUCCAGAUGCUCCUGCGUUGGAGGAGUGGUUGUGCAGUUGUCUCUGUCGUCUUUGCCAUCAAACACAAGAUCCUUCCUUGGACACAGAGGCACUGGGGUCCAUGCUUACAGACUUUGUGACUGUGCUCCUUCAUAAUGGAUUUCAGAAAACGUUUGAGAUGGGAAAGAAGCUGCAGUUGCAGAAAAUCUCCAAAGUCUGCUGUGCUGUACUUGAGAGAAUGUUGACAUGGGUGCUCGAUGCUGCGGCUGAAAAAAAGCAGGAAAAGGCCUCCACACUGAAGGCAGUGAAGUGCUGGCUCUGCGUAUUUGGCAUGACGGCAUCCCAAGGCACAGUCCCUCCGGAGUCUCUGCAUCAGUUCUUUAGUCACACCUUGACCCAGGUUCUUACUUACAACGCUCAGCUAACAGCUUUCGAAGCCAUUCAUUUACAGAGAGACUGGAGCUUUGCAAGAACCAGCUCGGUGCUCAUCAUGCUGUACCGCAAAUUGUUUGUGGUGUUCAAAGCAGAAGAGCUGACGCAUCAUUUGCAGCUGGUCUUAGAGACAAGCGAAGUGAAUUGGCACCAUGUCCUUUCCUGUGUGUCUACAUUGUUAGUCUGUCAUCCUCAAGCACAACACUUGAUUAAAGACCUCCUGGAUCGCCUGUUGAGAAAAGCCUUUGAGGACUAUGACCUGGAAAACAUGAUCACCGCAUUCAUAAUAGUCCGCCAGGCAGCCUUGGAGGGCCCUGCGAUAUUCAUGUCUUAUGCAGAAUGGUUUAAGGCUGCCUUUGGGAGCAGCAGUGGCUUCCACAGUAGCAGUAAGAAGGCCUUAGUCUUCCUCUUCAAGUUCCUGUCGGAGCUGGUGCCCUUGGAAGCCCCUCAAUACCUGAAGGUCCACAUCAUGCACCCGCCGUUCGUACCCAUCAAAUACCGCCCCUUUCUUCUGGAAUACAUCACUCUUGCCAAAACCCGAUUGGCUGAUUUCAAGGUAGCAAUAGAAGACAUGGGUCUCUAUGAGGAUUUGUCUUCUGUCAAGGAAGCUGUGCAGCCACACUGCCAGGCACUUCAUGAUGUUGAAAAGGCCAUUCAGAUAUUUGAAAACACUGGAAAGAUCCCAACUAGUGUGAUGGAAGCCAGCAUCUUCAGACGGUCCUAUUACACUUCACGUUUUAUUCCUGCUUUACUUGCGCCACGUGUGCUUCCUGAAACUCCCGACUCCCGCAUGGCCUUGAUAGACUCCCUUAAGAGGGCUGAGAAAAUUCCUGUGAACAUGUACGUCACUUAUAUUGAAGAAUGCAAAGCUGUUAAAGAGAAGCUCUUGCAGGCAGAUGAAUCAAUGGAAAUUGAGGCAAGUGGUCUCAGGGAGCCCUUGGAACUUCUAAAAGCCGAACUUGACACACUGAGGCUGCUUAUUACAGACCAGAAUAAGCAUGAUGAGGUGCCAGCUCAGAUUGCUGUGGUCUCUGAUAAACUGGUGGGCGUUCUGGGACGUAUGAAAGACGAGGAUGAAGCCGCAUCCCUGAGUCUUAGGAUCAAGCUAAACCUUUCCAUUCCUGAAGUUGAACAGCAGGAUCAAGGGGCUAUUGAUCUUCUUCUGACAUCGUUCUGCCAGAGUGUAAUGGCUGCCUCCUCCUUCCUCCCUCCAGACAGACAAGGGGCCUGGCCCUCCCUCUUUGUGAAAAUGGUUUGUGGGCACCGCCGACUCUUGCCAUCCUUGUUGGGCAGGCUCUGCCAGCUUAUCUAUCAUCAGGGGCCUUCUCUAAGUGAUGCUCAUAUCAUUGGCCUGGCUGUCUUUGCAGUCCACUUAAAUGAAGCCAAGUCCUUAAUUCCUGAGGUGGACAUCUGCUCUUGGCUUCCUCACUCUGCAUCCAAAAGAUGUCUUUCAAUUACUGAGCUCUGGGAUUCUUUAUUGGUGUGCCGGACAGGAGAGUCCGUUGUCUUCUGCAUGAGGUUUUGUACAGCUGCUCUUUCUUACUACUUCUGCAAAUUUCCUUCCCUUUCCAGUGCUUGUCUGUGCUCCUUACUUCAUCCUGGUUUUGUAAAAAAGCUUCAAUAUGUUGUUCCACGGCUCAGCUUAGAGGUUCGAGGAAGAGGCUAUGACGGAGCCCCAGCUGAGAUUCCUUGGAAAACUUUAUCUCACCCUGCUAUCUGUUACCGGAAAGCUGCCCUCUGCUUGUGGAAGCAAACCCAGUUCAAAGAGCUCUUGCAGGAGAAAGAGUUCCAGCUGACCCUCCAAGAGUGGCUGCUGAUGGAGCUAGGAGUCCAGCCUGAUGAAGACGUUCUUUCUCCUUGUGAGAGGCAGGAAUUCCAUUACUGGGCUUUGUAUCAGCACUUUCUUCCUGUGCCUGCUGCUGCUGCUGGAGGCUGUGAUGGAGACCUGAGAGAGAUGUGUGCUGUUCUUAUUGGCACCAUCCUGGAUUUCUGCCAGAGGUCUGAGCUUGACAAGCCCAACCACCUAAAAGAUUUGAAAUGCUCCAUAUCCCAUGGGAGAGGAAGCCCUGAUAUCUACUGCCGGUUGCAGGAGAUGCUGCUGGAGCUGGAGCUGGAGCGCAAGAAAGCCCCACCUGACUCCUGCCCCAGAAGGGAGGAGCACUUCCUAUUCAGGGUUUUCCAGGAGCGGCAAAAAGCUCUGGGCAAUGGGCCCUCUGUGGGUGAAAGGCUACUUCAGCAGCAGGAGCUGCUGCUUCAAACCAGGAUUCUUUUAGGUCUCCCUCCAUCGGUUCUCAUAUCAACACAGAAGAGAGGAAAUAAAAUUGCUCUGGAUUGCGAAGACUUCUUCUGUUUUGCAAACACGGAACUGAGGAAUAUCUGCUCCAGAGGCUGUGUGCUCUCCUACGACAUCACAUCUCAUUUCUUCAGGGGCUUGCUGAGCGCCAGCUUGGAGUGUCACAAACCUGCGCAGGAGGUGACUGCCGUUCUCACCUUGUGUCAAACCACGUGCCCUAUAAUCCUGUGUUCUGCAGCGUGCUGGUGGCAGAGGCUGGAGCCCGUGCUUUUCUCGGAGUGGAACAGACUCUUUGGCGCUCCAGUCGCACCGGGAUUGCAGAGCCUCAAGGAGUUGCAGACCUCUGUCAGCAGGUUCCUCUCACUGGAAGCAGCUUCCCUGGUCUCUGACAUUCCAUGGAUCUCUGCUGCCUUUCUACAUUUCACUGUGCAACGGCAAAUGGUGCAUGAAAAGAUGGCUGAAGGGCUAAAAAGGCUGGGGUCUGAAGCAGAGCAACUCUUGGUGAACCUCUUCUUCUUUUCAGUCGUGGAUUUCAUCUCAGCGAGAAUAACCCCACAGGAGGGCGUGGAUGCUCACAAAGCCUUGGAUUGGAGCUCAAAGCUGCUUCAGGGCUUGGAGGAACGAGGUGCAUCCUGGCUGGCCAUCUUCAGUUCAGCAGUCAAAGACCACAACCCUUACCAAAUCCUGCAUGGUACUGUAUCACAUCAACACUUGAGGCUGUUGCCGGUUGCCUUCUAUAGCCUCGUCGUCACCUUUGAACCAGGACACCUUAUUAAGGAGCAAACAUUCCUAUAUGUUGCCAUUGACAUGUACACACAGUUGCUGCAGCUCUUUAUGGAUGGGACAACAGCAGUGGGACCAAGCCUGCAUUCCAUUGAGCCUGAGGAGUCACUGGCGCUGAUAAGAAGAGCACGGCAGUUCCUGCUACGUGCAGUCCCCCAGUGUCCUCAAGGGAGCUUUUCCAGCCUCCAGCAGCUGAUGAGUCUCUGUGAAGACUUGGACCCAGAGAUGAAGGCUGCCCUUGUGAACUCCAGUGAUGAUGGGGAUCUGCUUGAUGAAGAACUUCUCCUUUUCUGACAGCGGAAGUCCAGGCAGGCAGGCAUGGGGCGAUUCCCUGCCCACCCAGACAAAAUGCAUGGACAGGGAAAAGUGGACACGCCUGCAAGGGCUUAAUCUGUUCAAAGUAUGGUGUAAAUAAUUUAUUACAAGCAUGACCAUGACUUUGUAACAAUAAAAACCAUGUUACAAAUA